GGAGUGAGAGGGGGCACGAUGGCUGCGGACAGUACCUUGCUGCUGUCUCUGGUGGAGGAAUUUGUCUCCGGACUACAGGACAGCAAGGCCAAGGAUGCAGCAAAAGGUGUCAAAGAUGGACAGUUUACAGUGCUGCAGCUGGUGGAAGCACUUGGACUCAGUCUGACCAGUUCUCAGGCUCCCACUCGAGCCCGAGGAGUCCAGCUUCUCUCUGAAGUUUUAAAGGAGUGCUAUGGAGAGCUCACAGAGAGAGAAGUGGAAGUGCUCAUAGCCUUCUAUGAAAACCGUCUGAAGGACCAUUAUGUCAUCACACCACCUGUUUUACAAGGACUCAAAGCGCUGACUAAAUGUACAACGUUACCUCCCGGCUCAGCUGUGUCUAUGCUGAGGUCUUUGUUCCAGGACGUUCAUGUACAGUCUCUGAUGCUGACAGAGAGAGCCUGUGUCUACAGCAUGCUCAUCAACCUCAUGGAGACAAGAGAGGCAGAACUGAAGGGUUUGGGGGCUGACUUUGUGUUUGGUUUUGUCCAAUCCAUGGAUGGGGAGAGAGAUCCUCGCAACCUCCUGUUAGCCUUCCGGAUCGCCAAAAACAUCAUCGACCGAGGAUACGAUCUAGGUAAAUUCACAGAGGAGCUGUUCGAAGUGACGUCCUGCUAUUUCCCCAUCGACUUCACCCCUCCUCCCAACGACCCCCACGGCAUCACCAAAGAUGAGCUAAUUCAGGAGCUGAGGGGCGUCCUCACUGGGACUCCAAAAUUUGCAGAGUUCCUGCUGCCUCUCAUCAUCGAGAAGCUGGACUCAGAUGUUCCGAGCGCGAAGCUGGACUCGCUGCACACGCUGACUGCUUGUGUGUCGCAGUAUGAACACAAGGACUUGGCCGAGUUCCUCGAGGGACUGUGGACGUCGCUGCGCAGAGAGGUUUGUCUAGACUGCCAGCAUCACCUUUGUGAGCCCGACUUAAAGCUUGUGUGGCCGAGUGCCAAGCUGCUCCAGGCCGCCUGCUGCGCCUCCAACAGGGCGAGUCACAUCGUAGCAGCAGCUGUCAUGCCCUCUCUCAUCGAGCAGUACAACAGCAGGACACAGUGUUCCCACAGACGGACAUUGCUGGAAGUGGUGCAGCGAUUUGUCCAGUCAGUCAGAACCAGCCAGCCUUCAGUCAGCGACGAGAGUGUGCUGUCAGCCUUCAGAGAUGCUCUGUGCAGCAUCGUGUUUUCAGCUCUCUCUGAGAGUAACUCCAGUCUGCAGAUCACUGCCACCUCUGUGCUCAUCUCACUGGCACAACAAACAGGUCUGCUCCUGAACUCUGACAUUGAACUAGCAGUAGAUCACCUCACCAGACUGUUGCUGACUGAGGAGGAUGACAGAGUCAGUGCUGCAGUGGUGGAGUGUGCUGGAGCUUUAGCAGAGCUGCACCCUGCAGCUUUUAUCACUAAACUGAUCCCAAGACUAAAGAAGGAGAUGUUUUCUGAGCCGAUGGCUCAAGACCACACAGAACCCUCUCAGCAACAUUCCCAUCAUGCAAUGCGUCAGCGGUGUUUGUCUGCUCUGGCUGCUGUGUCCAAACAAGCCAGUGUUGUCCAGGAGAGCACACCUGUCCUCCUGGAGGUCCUCAGUUCAGCACACACAGGUGGUGUUAGUUUUUCGGUGGACGAGGUGGUGCUGGCGUGCCGCAGCCUUCAGAGGAUAGCCGAGCAGGUGGAGGACACGGAGGAGACGGGGCAGUGCUUCCAUAGCGUCAUCAUUCCACGCCUGCUGUCUCUGGCGCUGCAGGCUGCACUGCAGGGUGACAGCUCCCCUGGUGUUGGCAGUCCUCUGGUGGAGGCGGCGGUUCUGUCUGCUAUGGUUCCUGUCAUCAGUAGUUCUUGCUCCAGGCUGCAGCCCACGUUGGCGGCUCAGACGGCGUCGAGGGCUGUGUCUCUCUUCCUGGACGGUGAUGUUUCCUUUUUGCCCGACAACUCCUUCCCUUCACACAUUCAGCUGCUCAAAAAGCAGCAGAAGGAUUCGUGGAGCCAGUCCCAGAUGGUUUGUCUCCUCAUGGGUUGUGUGUGUUCGUUGCCUCGCAGUGUGGAGGUUCCUCAGAUUGACCAGCUGCUGUCAGAGCUGGAGGAGAUGAGCUGCUCCUGCAGCCACCAGCUCUCCUACACGUCUGCUGCAAAGUGCUUUGCUGGUCUGGUCAACAAGAGUCCACAGGGUGAUUCUCUCGACAGCCUGAUUCAGAGGACAAUGAAGAGAGUGUGUAGUGAGCUGGACUCAGCCUCCUCCUCUGUGCGCAUUCAGGCCUUCACACUUAUGAUCUGGGUUGCCAAGGCUCUGCUUCUGCGGUACCACCCUCUGUUCACAACUCUGACUGACAAGCUCUUCUCUCUGCUCGAUGACACUGAUCUGGGUCCGAUGGCAGCAGACGGCUUCUCUCUGCUGAUGAGCGACUUCACCGAUGUCCUGAACCGUAGCUGCCACGCUGACGUGCGCAUCAUGUACCGCCAGCGUUUCUUCAGCGAGAAUUCGGCCAAGUUGGUCGAGGGCUUCAACGCUGCCACACAAGACAAGAAGCCUAACUAUUUGAAGGCUCUGUCCAAUAUCGUCAAUAAGCUGCCCAAGCAGGUUCAAGUCACUGAACUACCAGCGCUGCUCUCUCUGCUGCUGGAGGCCUUGACGUGUCCUGAUGAGGGUGUCCAGCUGUCCACUCUGUCCUGCCUGGAGCCCGUCCUCAUCAACCCUCCAGCAGCUCUCGUACAGCAGCUGGAGGCUUUAGUCAACAGGCUGAUUCCCCUCAUCUGCAGCCCAGCCAUGAACGUUCGGAUUGCCUCACUGCGGUGCAUCCAUGCCCUUUCUCACUUCCCUGUACAUGAGGUUCUGCCAUUUCGGGCUCGAGUGCUGCGAGCGUUGGCGAAGCCGCUCGAUGAUAAGAAGAGGUUGGUGAGGAGCGAAGCUGUCCUGGCAAGAGGAGAGUGGUUCCUCUUGGGAAGUCCUGGUGGAAGAUGAUUCUGUACCUCAAAUACAACCAAAUUCAGAGGAACCUCCAGGACCAGAAACCAAGUAUUGAAGCUGUGUAACUCACUCAGCAGCUCCCCCUCCUCAGAUUAACAAUUCAGCACCCUUCACCUCCUGAAUCUUCCUGAACUCCUCCCUCCUCAGCUGAUUUCACGUUACACUGAAAUGUUUUUGUUUUAACUGUCUGUAUUUUCAUGAACGCACAAGUGAGAGGAUGUGGGCCGGUCGGCUUAAAUCCACAUAAACCAGUGGAGCCUGGUUAGUCUAAGUUAAAGAAUAGAAUGACUUGUUUGUUGAUAUAUAAUACGCUUCAUGUUUGUCGUCCUUCUCUCUACAUAUCAGAGCAAACAUGUCAUGAAACUGAAUUUUUGGUUGUUAAAUGUUUAAGUACUGAACGUGCAAAACCUGGAAAUUUAAAGUGCAUUUAAAAUCACAAGUCAGGUUACAGUGAAAAGAGACACAUCAGUCGCUAUAGUAACACCACAGGAGUGAUUAGAAUCAAUACAAUGACAAAUGAGAUCAGGGACACUAGUUUGGAACGACUCAGCUGAUCCUCUAUCAGCCAACAAAAUAAUGAAAUGACACACCAAGUUUUUUCUUUCUUCCUACAUCCAGACACGUUUGGAUCUUCUAAGACCUGAAGUUUUAAAUAACUUGAGUGCAGCUGUACAGUUCUUACAUUGAUAACGCCUGCACCACAUUAACAUACUGUCAGAUGAAGACACACGGCUCCUGUAUGAGGAGAGAAGACAAACGGAGCACAAAAGUGAACAUUUUGAGAUGUUGGGCUGCUGGAAAAGAUCCAAUGUGCAGCAGGAUGAGAGCAGAACCCAGCGGAGCCUUUUAUCUCCUCAUCUGAUGAAUGUGUAACUGAGCUGUAGAGUCUCAACAGCAGCUGGUUUGUUUGAUUCGGAUCUCUCGGGAGAUCGUGGAUGUGCCAACUGUCCUCGCGUAACGAGCACUUCUGAACGUAUCCGCUGACACGAGUGAAAUUUUAGGAUACAUUUUACAUAAUUAAAUAUCUGUUUAGGUAAAUGUACUUUGCAUUAAGAUUGUAAGUUAUGUGAACAGUCUGUCAAACACCCGCCUUGUAUUUGAACAAAUAUUGACGCUGUGUCAUAGUUAAUGUUACGUCAUUGCAGAAAAGGUUGGCUGACUUUGGACCUCACAUCAACUUAUGCCAAGGAAAUAAGACAAUAUAUGAUAUGUCUAACUUAAGAUGUCAUUAAAACUUUUCUUUGUAAUUUA